CUCCCCCCGCUUUGUGCUCUGCUCGCUCACAGCCAGCUGUCACUCACCCACUCUUCCCAGCAGGGACCACACGCUGCCUUGGAGCUGCUCUUUCCCACCAGCACUGUGGCUUCUCACACCACUGAGUACAUGUGACGGGGGUGGGGGGGGGGUUUAGGUUGUAGGUGCUCGUCGCGCCAGCUGUAGCAGCAUGUGGAAGACGACUCUUGUUUUGUACCAGCUCUUUGCACUCUGUGGGCCACUCCGCGCGGAGGAUGACGACAUCGCCCCACAGGACUGCAGUCUGGACUGCGUGCGACAGGGAGGAUCCGAUUGUAAAUACUGCAGAAUAAGCCAAGCUGACGUAAAGAAGGCUGUUGGUUUAAACACCAACAAAGCGUUUGGAAGUUGCAUUCCCAGGUCGUGCUUUGUGUUGUUCGGAGAAGAAGACAGUACACUCUGCCACCACUACGUCCAAGGGCCGGAUAAUGUCACGGUCGAGUUGGUAAAUGAUCUAGACCCCAGUUCAGACACGGCUGUUGUCUCCUGGAAGCCCAGCCACUAUGGGAUUGCCUUCCUGCGAGGGUUUCAGGUGUUCCUGCAGGCCUUGGGAGGGACCACCGUGGCCUGCCAGCUCUUUCUCUUCCACCGAAACAUCUCCCUCCCGGCUUCACACGCUCAAAGGGUGUACAAGUCAGACCCUUUCCCCGGCCUUCCCCUUGGGUCCCAGUAUGCUGUCACCGUCAUGGCUUUGCCAGUGCCUGAGCAGGGGGGGAGGUUUUACCGCAGCACAAACUUCUUCACUCGCUCAUGUGCAGAGAAGAAUGGUCUUGAGCAAUGCAAAAAGGAUUGGUACCCAAAAGAUAUCAAGGUCCAGCAGGAAGGGACUGCCAUCACUGUGACCUUUAACCUGGCUCCGCCAAGCAUGGGCAUCAGAGGCUACUUCUCAGUGUGUUACGCUAAGGGCAUAACGAAAUACACGGACAUCACACCUAUUUCCAGCCAAAACAAAAGUAACCACAGCUAUCAGCUGAAUGACCUUGAAGAAGGAACCAACUACACCUGCGAGAUUGCAGCUAACGAAGUUGAUGCAGUGAGGAACAAAUUCAUGGUUCAGGUCUCGCAAAUUCAAAAAGGAGGCUCCUCUCCAGUCUCAGCCUCUCCCUCGUUGGCUAUGGUUCUUCCACUCGGCCUGGCCCUGGUAGCCAUGUUUGUAGUCUUAUUGGCUGCAUUCACCAGAAGGAGGCCAAGGCCUCGGAUGAAGAAACUUGACAUCAAACCAGAUGUUAUCAAGCAGCAUCAGGAGAGCAAGACCCCUGGGGAAGUGAUAUCAUUGUCCAGGAAGAGGCUGAACCCUCCUCGUCUUUUGAUUUGCUAUAGCAGCUUCGAUGGCCCCGCACACGUCAAUGCCGUCAUGCAGUUGGGGGCCUUCAUCCAACAGCACAUGGCCACUAAGGUGUGCCUGGACCUUUGGGAGUCUCUAAGCGUGUCCGAGGAGGGCAGCAUGGCCUGGCACUGCCGACAGAUCCGGGAGAGCGACUUCAUCCUGGUGAUAUGCUCUCGGGGCCUCCACCACAGGCCGAAGCCUCCAGAUGAUGAGGAUGAUGACGGCGAGGAGGCCGAGCAAUGGCUCCGCUUUGGGCCCAACACUACCAGCACCGACGUAGCAGUCCAGCUUAUUGGUGAGGAGGUGGGCCGUGCCAAAGCCAGGGGCCAGGACCUCUCCAAGUAUAUGGCAGCGAUUUUUGAUUACUCAGAGGAAGCAGACAUCCCCGCUGAGCUGAGGCUGGUAUCUCACUACACGCUGACAAGGGACUUGGAGCUGCUCUUCUCGCACCUCCAUGCAGUGGCUCUGCAAGGGCCGGGGCGGUACCUGAGGAUCAGCCACAUCUCAGAGGAAGGUUACGCCGAGUUACCAGCCGGAGCAGCUCUGCAGCGCUCCAUCGGUGAGGCUCGGACGGCAAUGACGGAAAAGAGACGUCCCUCUGUGGCAGGGCUGGGCGUCACUUAGAGAAGUAAGAUGCUUUCACCAACACCAAAAGCAAUACUUUGGUUGAUAGCCUACAUGUGAAUGGAUGCUGCAAGCUCAAAUCUGGGGCACAAAAAAGACAGAUUGGUAUUGGUAGUGGGUUAUUUCAGACAGCACCGAUACGCUGCCGUAGUCUGUGGUGGAACUGAUCUUUCAACAAAGGAAUGCAUUCACUGUUUUCCUUUUAGUUCUCCACUGAGUGUAGGGUAAGAAUGUACCCCAAGUUAGGGUUCCUCACAACUUCUCCAAUCCCUGCUGAUUGACUAACUGACAACCUCGGCCUCAGUGCACUUUGACCUCCAAAUUGAAUUUACAUGCCACAUGUGUUGUUCUUGGAAGGAUUUGUAAAGAAAGAAGAAUUGUGUGUGUAAUUGUAAAUUAGGCUUGCUCAGUAAUAACAAUGUACUUGGACAUUUCCUAUUCUUUUUCAUACUGUGUCAUUUUGUACUUGUAUAUUUAUAGUCACAAUAUGAACUCAUGCAGGACUUUUUGAAGUCCUUCUGUGAGAAUUUUGAAGUACACAUUGUUUCAUAUGGACAGUUUAUUUAUCCAUGUGCAUAUCCCAUCUAUACAUGUAUUAGAAUGGAGUAAAAAGUCAUGUUUAUUAUCUUAUUUCAUGCUGAUGUGAGAAUAAGCUUGUAUAAAAUGCCGUAUAGUAUGUUUUUCUGUAAUGUGAAUAUUGUGUCUGUGGUCUGUGAUGAAACAAAGAAUUCUCUGUCUCAUCAAAUAUUGUGAGAUCAAGUGCAUGAGGACCACAGUCCUGCCCCAGAACGGGGGGGGUUGGAUCAAAACCACCCCUUGUGAGUCUGUAAUGUAAUGGUACUCAUUCGGGCAUAUGGGACAUUAGAAGGGGGGUGAACCCACUCGGUCACAGUCUCAGUGUUAUGCUAAAGUUGGACUAAUAAAGUUUUUAUUUUACACAUCACACCACGGAGUGGUGGCUU